AGCUUCCGUAGGCAGCAGGAGCGAAGGGACCUGCUCGCUGCCACAGCCUGAGAGCAUCCUUUUCUUUGCUUUCUUAUCAUCCUCACCAAAACACAGCAAGAUGACGGAAAAUCCUGGGGAUAGCGCCUCUCUACUCUCCGGUUUGCGGUAGAACACCGUUACGGGUUAUGUUAGCCGCUUGGCUAGCGUAACAUCACGCUUGUUUCCUGAUGAGAGCAGACAUAAUAGCCUGUCUGUGGAAACGAAAAGAAUAUAGUUAUCCAGGGGGGAGUCGAGCUGGACUCAACCUCUAGCUUUUAGUUGUUUUUUUUUUUUUUUUAAUAUACAUUUCUAAGAACAUUUUUGGCAAUUAAAUGCCUUUGACAGUUUGUAUGUGCACCUUUUUCUCGGCUGAUGAGAAUAAAACCUCUGGUGCUCCAGUAAAGAAGAUGCAGAGAUAGAAGUGUUCGCCUGACAACAUCAAGGUGCCUGGGACUACCAGCAAAGAGGCCAGCCAAACAAACUGCAGAUCUGACUGAUCUGAUGCCAUAAGAAGAGGACGUCUAGUCCGAAAUGUCAGCGGAUCCUCUACUCGACAAAUUGAUGAAUGUUUCUCAGUAGCAGCCAGUCGUGUGCCAUCACUGGGAUUUCUGAGUUUUGAGCUCUAGUUCUUGGACAGAUCGGACUAUCUUUUAACACAGGGAUACCAUAUGGCAGCAGCAACAUGACACUGGGAUAGUGUCUAAAAUCAACAUAUGAUCACGUCAAUAUCAGCUAAAUCCUAUCUGCCUCGCAGCCUUAUGUCUUAGAUUACGAAGUUGUCAUUAGAACACAUUUGCCAUAUUUCUAAUAAAGGAUUAGUACUUGUGGCAUGAAGGACCCCCUGGGAUCAAGGCUGAUGGAAAUAGUUUAGUACUUGUCAUUCAGGGAACCUGGCUACACACAAAACAAGCUGGAAACACAGGCUUUACGUGGAGCUGACAGUGAAGCCUCCCUUCCUUCAUUUAUGAGCCCAUGACCCCUGCAGAAGUCAGAUAGUCGGGAAUCAGCCAACAACAUAUUCUUAUCGAGAGAUCCACCAGCAGCUGAUAUUGCAUGCCUGUGAACGUGCCACACCUGCAUUGCCUUGGCUGGCCGUCGCAGGACGGUCACUUCACUCGGCCAUGACCCGGCUGAUGUUGGGCCGAACUCUGGAGCGCAUCUGUAAAGGCGUCAUGCUGCUCUGCCUGCUCCACUUCCUCAUCAUGAUGAUACUGUACUUCGACGUCUACUCGCAGCGCUUCGACCUCUUCAGCCGCUUCAACAACGGACGCAACGGAUCCAGGAAUAAUGGCAGUGGAGCAGCAGGGAGCGGACAUCAUUUUUACUAUUACAACCUCUCCAGGCCAAAUGCGACGUUAGCAAGCUACCUGGCUACGGGCGAGCAACUGGUGCCGAGUGUGCAGCCAGAGACCAAUCAGACGCCUUCCCCCAAGCCGCUGCCGCCAUGCCCUGAGAACCCGCCCAGCCUCGUGGGGCGUUUGUUGAUCGAGUUCAGCUCCCAGAUGACGAUGGAACGAGUGCAGAAAGAAAACCCCAACGUGACGGAGGGAGGCCGCUACACCCCUCACGACUGUCGGCCUAGAUGGAAGGUGGCCAUUAUUAUCCCGUUUCGACAUAGGGAACACCACCUGAAAUACUGGCUCCACUACCUCCACCCCAUCCUCAGGCGGCAGAAGAUUGACUACGGCAUCUACAUCAUCAACCAGUUGGGUGAGGACACUUUCAACCGUGCCAAGCUGUUGAAUGUUGGCUACACGGAGGCUCUGAAGGAGGCAGAGUACGACUGCUUCAUCUUUAGCGACGUGGACCUGAUCCCAAUGGACGACCGCAACCUCUACCACUGCUACGACCAGCCAAGACACUUCGCCAUCGCCAUGGACAAGUUUGGCUUCAGGCUGCCCUACGCAGGCUACUUUGGUGGAGUUUCAGGCCUCAGUAAAAAACAGUUUCUGAAGAUCAACGGCUUCCCCAACGAGUACUGGGGCUGGGGAGGAGAGGACGACGACAUCUAUAAUAGGAUCACUCUGAGUGGGAUGAAGGUGUCCAGGCCGGACAUUCGCAUCGGCCGCUACAGAAUGAUUAAACACGAGAGAGACAAACACAACGAGGCCAACCCACAGAGAUUCAAUAAAAUACAGAACACAAAGAACACGAUGAAGAAGGAUGGCAUCAGCUUUCUGACCUACAGACUGGUUCAGGUCAAGAAGCACCCGCUGUACACAAAUAUCUCUGUGGAGAUCGGCAAGCCACCGCCUCGGCCUGUUAAGGGUUAGAGAGAGACAGGGAGGAAGAUUAGAGGGGUGAUGCACAUUGACUUGAGGGAAAGGAUGGAAAGAGGAGAAUUUAAAUCAAGGACAUGAUGAAAAAACAUAUCCAGAGGAAUUGGAUGGGUGAAGGGUGAAGUAGCCACAAGCACGUGGCAGUUUCUUUCUCUCUCUUUUCCCCCCUCUCUCUUUUUUAUUUUGAGAUUUCAGCUUGCCAUUUCUGUAUCGAGGACUCAGGCUCUUUCCAACUUUUUUUCAAGCAGCCAGUGGCUUCACACCUCCUACCUUUACCAAUCAGUGACUUCAGAAUUAGAGUGUGGACCAAAGCUUGUGUAUCGGUGGCUGAGCGAAGGUUGGCGUCAAACUUGGAACUGAAGUUCUUGAGUCUUUUAAUUAACAAUCCUUUGUAAACUGGAGAGCAUCCAAUGGCAUAUCAUAUCACUGACAGGAAGUAUUAUUGAGUGCUUAAAAGAUUAGACAAUAAUGUCCUGUCGCACUUUGGAACGUUUUCACGGUAUAUUCUGGGAAUGAUGGACAGCGUCCAGAGGGGUGUCGGGGUGAUAUAAACCAAUGACUGUUUACACGGAUACUAAGACAGUGUGAUUGAGACAAGAUGCGGUACCUGGUGGUUGGGAAAUUAAGUAUCAGGAAAAUAACAAACCCGGUGGAGGGCAGGCCUUACAAAGGCCAUCAAAGAAUUCACUUCCUAAGCAUUUAUGAUGAUCGCCACCAGAGCGAGGAUUGCCACUGGAGGCAAGCUGUUACGUUAAGAUAACAUAAUGACAUGCAGUGUUGAUCCAUGGGACUGUAUCAGAUGGUUUGCAUAUCAGAGAUAUCAGCCGACGCUUAUCUUGACAUAUGACGCUAAUAGACGAUUUAAUAUUGACUUUUUUCGUCAGGGAGUGACCUGUUUGGAUCUAAUUACUCAAUCGAAUCCUCCACUAUCAAUUAAUGAAUGUGUAUUGUGCCUGCAUCUACAGCAGAAGACUCAAAACAGUGCUGGGACACGCUGAUAACACAUGUUCGUCAGCAGCAACACCUGAGAACUCUCUUUUUUGUUCUCUUUUUUGAUAUAUAAAGUCAAACUUUGGAAACAGACAGUGACUUAUUGGAAGUUUUGCAGCAAAGGUGAACACAUUGAUGAUAUGGAGCGUUUUCUCUUUUGCAUAAUGCAAGGUGAUGGAACUACUUUGGGAAUACAUUUUGAAAUCAAUUCUGGGAACUGUAGAAAACAGGGCAGAUAUAGUACAGUAUAUACACUGACAGCUCAGUUAUGAUUUUAACUCCUUGAGGAACAUAUUGGAGAUUAGGUUUCCAGAAACUUUGUUUUUUUCACUCAACUUGAAGAAAGAUGGAGGUUUAUUGUGGUAAUCUUCACUUGAAAGGCACAUUUUUGUCUCUACGAGAAGCCAUUGGUUUUGAGGUACAUGAAUAUUCCUUAAAGUACGGAUUUAACUCAGUAGAAAUAUGCAAUUCUUUUACCAUAUUUUCUGAACAUGUAUGGAGUGGAAACAUCAUAAAUGAGCUGUCAGGAUAGAGUUUUAUGUUUUCAUGUUUUACAGGAGAAAAGCAUUGUGGAUACAAAAGCUGACUCCUGUAACUUUUACACCGGCUCCACAGAUGAGACUAGCUGCAAUGUAAUCAAUUUUCAGCGUCUCUUUUUUUUCUUUUUUUUAGUCUACAAUGUUUUUUUGUUGUUUUUUUUUUUUUAAAGACUUCUUUUUCUUUUAAUCUUCAAGAAAAAGAGCAUCAUAUCUGGAAAGAGGAAAUUAUAUGGUGAUAGUUUUGUACUGGUGGGAAUUGUGAAUUUUAAAGCAGUAAUGAGAAGUUAUGGUUUGAGCAGUUUGACUGACAUCUCUCAGAUUUUAUCAUCAUCAGCUGUCAGUUCUGUAUUGUAACCUAUUUUAUCACAUUUUCAGUUGUCACAAGUGAUGGGCUAAACGAAUCAAACUUUUAGGGUUACAUUUUUUCUGUUGAAAUAAUUGUUUUAAUAACAAUUGUCUUAUUGAUUUAUAGGAGUUUCAUAUCUUUCCCUGUGUGACAGAUGAACAAACAAAGUAUAGUUUCAUGAUUUCGUCCAUCAACGUAUCGAAGCCUUUGACAUUUUUAUGCUUUGAUACAUUGCUUUUAUCCCCUUGUUUUAUUCGUCCUCCCCUCUACUGUUGAUGCUGUUACUGUUGACGCCUAAACACCAAACUGAUGCCUUCAGAAGUUACGUAAAGGGGCAGGGAAGAUAAUUUUUUAGGUCAAAGGUCAUUCUUUUUGGGGUAUUCACUUAUAGGAAAACGUUUGCUGUGUUUUAAGAUUGAUAACAAUGAAAUGAAUAUAUAUUUGUUUGGGUUUAAAAAAUGGGGGGAAAAAAAAUUUAUAUAGAAGAUAGGAUUGAAUCUCUCUUCAGCACAUACAUGCAUUCACACUGUCUUCCCUCUUUUCUUUGCAUUAUCUCCUCUUUCAUUGCCUUUUCAUUCUUCAUCUGCCAGUGCAGGCUGUUUGUGUCAAGGCACACUGUUGUGCUUUGCGGUGGGCCCACUCCAGGCACAGCUGUGUCUCACAAGAGUGCUUCUUCUUUCAAUAGAUAUCGAUGGGGCCUCUCUGUGUGUGUCCCUGAAUCUGUGCCACUUACUGUAUCUUUAUUUUUCUGUGUAUUCUCUCCUUCUCAGUACUUAUCCCCCAAACCCCCAACCCCCCACCCCCCCACACACCCACCACCCCACCCCACCCCCAUUCUGUAUUUCGAUCUAUUUUCUUUUACUUUUUUCUUUGUCAGAGUGCAGUACUCUCCUGGUGAGUUUCAGUGUCCUUGGUAGUCAAGACUACACAUGGAGAGGUCAAUACGAUCCCUUCUCUACACUGUUUACAGCUCACCUUGUGCAAUAUUACACAUUCAGUCACAUCUGCCCCAUAUCCUGCUUUAAAGUCAUUGUUUUUCAGUGGGAUAAGAGAUGAGAUUUUUUCAUGGGUUUGGUAUCAAUUUGGCUUGUAAUCCAGUCAUAAUUUUUCAUCUUUAUGUCCAAACAGAUUUCUUCAUCUUUUGCCUCUAAUUCACCUGUUGAUUUUAAAUCCUCAUAAUCUGUACACAACAGAUAGAGUCACAGCUGUUGCUUUGAUAUUCCCAUCACAGGGUUAAAGGGGCACUCCAGCAAUGUUUUACUUCCAUAAAGCCUGGUGAUGUUUGAGAGACAGAUCUUUAAAAACGAUGGUCUAAAUUCGAGCAGCAGAGGAGCUACUCUGGGCAUCCCAGGUUCCAUUCAUUCAUUUUUCCCAUACACAAUGUUACAUGAGUCACACUUGGAGAGUUUCUUAAGUUUACAAUGUUAAACUGUCAGUACAAAUGAUUAACAACUGUGUUAGAAAAUAUCUGGUUCUUUGAUAAAAUUUUGAAACUACCAGUCUGUGGGUGGAGAAGAAACAUCCAUUCACCUGUCCUAAAAUUUUGUUACGCGCACUGCUAAUAUUGGAAACUGCAAAUUACACUGUUAAGAAGGCUGAUUGUACCAUCAACAGUUUAAAUGAAUUCACAGUCAGUCAGUCACAAUCAGUUGUGGGUGAAUUUGCCAACAAUGGCGCCACGUUCUGUUACCAACAAAUCAUUUUAAAUUUGCUACUGCUCAGAUUUUGCAGAUCUGACUGGCCAUAACGUAAAGCUAUAUGAUUGUGGUCUUAUCCAGGAGCGUCCUGUGUUUCCAUGUUACCUAACAUUUAGGAUAUCAUUAGAAGAAAUAACUUCCCACGUCACAACUCCUAAAUACCCACUUCUUUCAAUCCCCACACCUCCACUUUGUAACAGAGGCUUUUUGUCUCAAGGGUCUCAAGCCCAAGCUGAGAUAACCCUUUUGGCAUCAUCAUGGUUAUUUUUUCAGACUUUGGAAAGCUCCUCCAGACCAGGACAUUAUACAGCUGUUUUCACAUGCGAAGUAGUGACAAAUUAACUGAACUUCAUGUGCAAAAUCGGUGGAGUGUCCCUCACUUUAUUAAGGCUACUCUGAUAAAUUACUGGAAACCCUUUAUGAGGUCAGUUACAUGAAGAAAGUAUAAGCUGAGCAGUGACAUUUAAUGGAAGAAAAUGACGGAUGUAGCAAGAGAGACGUGGCCCAGUGUGUAUAAACAGUAACAUGGGUUUCGGAUCAGCAACAGAAACUAAAGCAAAAAUAGUAUUUGAAAUGUUUCCUGUACUUGAGAAUAAGAACAACCAUGAGGAGUGCUUGAUGUUUCUUAAUGGACUUUUGACUUUUGAAGCUGUUCCAGUUGUCAAGCAUACCUCAGGAGUUUCAGUAUUCGAGAGGCUUUUUCAAAUACAUUUUUUUGCUCGCCUGCUGCAGUCAGGACUUUCAGGCCUGGGGGCAUUUUUAAAAAUUUACUGUAUCUCUAGCUAUGGGUCUUUUUGUACAUUGAAUGUUGAAAAUGUUAUAUCUUAUAUAGAAUGCAUUAUGUCAUAUCAAACCUACUUUUUCUAUACAAUCAAUAAAUCUGAUGUUAAAGAUUG